UCUCGAUCUCUUCCACUAGUACUAAGCAUGCCCCAGACUCCCACAUGCCUCGCGCCACGCCACCCCAGCCCCCUAUAAACCACACCCUGAUAUUCUCCUCCCCACCCUUCUUCUUAACCAAGAAGCACUUCCUCACUGAAACAAGCCUCAAACCGUCUAGCUCUCGCAAGAUUAGCCCUUAAGCAAGAGCUGAGAAUUGGCAAUCCAGAGCUAGUUUUUCUGGACCAAAAAUCCAGAGCUAGUUAAGCAGGGAGAGAGAGAUGGAAGCGCAGGCCAGAGGAGGAUUGAGAAUUCCAAUUCCAAUUCGAAUGCGGCUGUUGGUUGUGAUGCUGGUGCUGAUGGCGGCGAGGCCGGCGAUGGCGCAGCUGGCCGUGGGGUACUACGACACGCUGUGCCCGGCGGCGGAGAUCAUCGUGCAGGAGGAGGUCAGCAAGGGCGUCUCCGGCAGCCCCGGCACGGCCGCGGGGCUCCUCCGGCUCCACUUCCACGACUGCUUCGUCAGGGGGUGCGACGCGUCGGUGCUGCUGGACUCGACGCCGGGGAACAAGGCGGAGAAGGACGCGCCGCCAAACUCGAGCCUCCGGGGGUUCGACGUGAUCGACAAGGCCAAGACGCGGCUCGAGCAGGCCUGCUACCGGGUCGUCUCCUGCGCCGACAUCCUCGCCUUCGCCGCCCGAGACGCCCUCGCCCUGGUGGGAGGCAGCGCGUACCAGGUGCCGGCGGGGCGACGAGACGGGAACGUCUCGUCGGCCGGCGAAACCAACGGGAACCUGCCACCGCCCACGGCCAACGUGAACCAGCUGACCCAGAUCUUCGGCUCCAAGGGCCUCUCCAAGGCCCAGAUGGUGACGCUGUCGGGGGCGCACACGGUGGGCGCGGCCCAGUGCAGCUCCUUCAGCAGCAGGCUCUACUCGUCGGGCCCCAACGGGGGCCAGGACCCGACCAUGGACCCCAAGUACCUGACGGCCCUCACGGCCCAGUGCCCGCAGAAAGGGGCCCAGCAGGCCGUGCCCAUGGACCCCGUCACGCCCAACGCCUUCGACACGAAUUAUUACGCCAAUCUGGUGGCUAACCGGGGCCUGCUGUCUUCCGACCAGGCGCUGCUCGCCGACCCGAACGCGUCCGCUCAGGUGGUCGCCUACACCAGCAGCCCUGACACGUUCCAGACCGACUUUGCUAAUGCCAUGAUCGCCAUGGGGAAUGUUGGCGUGCUCACUGGGAACGCCGGGAACAUCAGGACCAACUGCAGAGUAGCCUCCUGAUUCAGCUGAGAUUAGAGUUGAUCGAUUGAAGGCUUGGUUCAAAUGUAUGUAGUCCGUUCUGUCGUGCUAGCUAGCUAGCUUAAUUAGCUCCUCCCAUCUUUUUUCUUCUCCUUUUCCUCUCUUACAUAUAUAGUACUGGUACUUUCCUUUUGUGCUUGGAUUCUUUUAGCCUCUGUAUGUAGUAUCUAGCUAGCUAGCUAGUUACCGGAUUCAUAACUGUAUAUGUGAUGAUUGGAUACCCAACAGUGCUUAAUAAGAAGCUAUAUAUACGGAUC